ACCUGCCCUCUUCUAUAUAAUCAUAAACCCAUCUCUCUUCUCCUUCCUUCAAAACCCUAGAGACGGUCCCUCCUCCGCUUCCCUCUAACACCACAGGGUUUUCAGGUAAUUGAAGGGGUCUGAGGCAGAGCUUCUUCUGAUUCAGAAAUCAAUGGCUCCUGCUAAAGUUGACAGUUCAAAAAAGGCUGAUCCAAAGGCUCAGGCCUUGAAGGCUGCUAAAGCAGUGAAAUCUGGUGCAACCUUUAAGAAGAAGACUAAGAAGAUCAGAACAUCAGUUACAUUUCACCGUCCAAGGACAUUGAAGAAGGCAAGGAAUCCAAAGUAUCCUCGCAUUAGUGCUCCACCAAGGAACAAGCUUGAUCAUUAUCAGAUCCUCAAGUUUCCCCUUACUACCGAGUCUGCAAUGAAGAAGAUUGAAGACAAUAACACUUUGGUUUUCAUUGUUGACAUUCGUGCAGACAAGAAGAAGAUCAAGGAUGCCGUAAAGAAGAUGUAUGAUAUUCAGGCUAAGAAAGUGAAUACCUUAAUCAGGCCUGAUGGUACUAAGAAGGCAUAUGUUAGAUUGACACCAGACUAUGAUGCCUUGGAUGUGGCAAACAAAAUUGGUAUAAUCUAAAUUAGUGUCUGGCAUCCUCAUUCAAAGCAGCCCUUCCUUUUCUUUUUUGUCCUUCAAUUUCAGUCUAAAUAGUAAGACAGUUCUGCUAGGACUGUAAGCACCUAGAUUUUUCCAAACUAGUUUAAAAGUUGUAAUCUUGUGUUCUCUUUUUGGUGUUUUUUUUUUUGUUGGGUUUAACUGACAUUUCAAUGAGACUUGAAGUUAUGAUUUGGGUGUGUGAGAGAGAGAUGUGUUGAAUCUUUUACAUUAUGCAAGCUUUAAUGAAAUUAAUGUGUUAAACGAAA